AUGGCUCAGAACGGGGGACAGUUAGUACGGGCAGGCACCAGGAAAAGAGUUUUGCCAGAUCCAGCAGGGGUCACCUUGCCCCACCCUCAUUCUGCUCUCAAUCUGCUCGAUGCCUCUGCACUGUCUCAGCUGGGAGAUGACGUUCUUACAGAAGAGAUUAAGAGGCGGCAGCUAGCUAAAGAGGCUGCCUUAAAAACAGCUGCAGUCAACACUCUCCACGGCGCUCCCACGGUUGGUAAGACAGCAGCUGAAGGCCGUUGGGGCGGGUCUAAGAGGAAACGUGCUGCCGCCGGCUCUGGUGCGCGUGGUCGAUCCUCUGGUGCGAAUGGCAACAUUCCUGCAAGCUCGCCAUCCGCCGACAACCCUACCGCCGGCACUUCGUCAGAAGCAGAAGGCGCGAACCCUGCACCGGUGGCAGAAGCAAUGGACACCACGCAAAACGGCGCACCAACCAUAGGUGGCAUAGUCUGCGGUAUCGCGUCAGACGCAGAUACUGGAGCUCUCCCUGCACCCCCCGUGCCUGCCGCCGGAGCCCCGGGUCUGAUGAUGGCAGCAGUGAUUGAGGCCGUAGAGGAGGGCAGCGUGGAUCCCUUCAUCGCAUACGGCAUUGAAGCUGGUAGCGACGACAAAGACGGGAACGACGACGAUGCAGAUGAUGCUGACGGCGUCCAAGCGGGAAACGACGAUGAGUUGCGCGUAGUGGAGGUUCGCGCUGCGGAAGUGUGCGCGGCGGAGGUCCGGGCGGCGGAGCUUCGGGCGGCGGAGCUUCGGGCGGCGGAGCUUCGGGCGGCGGAGAUUCGAGCUGCGGAGAUUCGGGCUGCGGAGGUUCGCGCGGCGGAGGACCGCGCUGCGGCGGUUCGCGCGGCAGAUGUGCGCUCUGCCGAGGCUCGCCAGACGGAGCUGGCGCCGCACACUUCGCAGCCUAAUAACCCGGCAGCACCCGCUAGGCGUGAAUGGUCGCAAGUUGCUGGUGCGCACCAUUUCAAGGAAGCACGACAGCUGGAGGCGCUAUUGCGUGACCUGCAGAACACGGUCUCCACUCUGAACGCGCAACUGCAGGAGGCAAGGGAAAUGGUGGGUAAAACCUUCGCCUGGCUCAUCACCCUUGCCCCUGCAGGAGAGAUGGAGUUCUAUCCUCUGUGGGAAAAAUUCCAACCGCAUUUGGUGCGCAAGUACAUAGCUGAGGGGACCACGCAAGAUGAGUACUACCUCUUCAUGGGCGGGAACAGCAAGCGCAUUGAUCGGGCGCUGAAGGUGAUUGGCUGCAAACGCGCAAACAUGAACAAGCCGAUCAAGCUCUGGGCGUGGGGUGCUGGUGGCGUCAUUGCCCAGGAUAAGUGGUUCCUUUUGAGGUUGGUGGCAUCAAUCCAUCAAAGGCGCGCAACGAAAAGGAGUGGGUGGAGCAAUUCAAACACCGUGAGUGCUUGUCUUUUCUCGCAUCCGCACCAUGCUGGAAUGUUCUUGCGCACAGAUCUGAUUGCCAUUGUUUUUAUAUUCGCAGCGAAGUAUGGCUACGACUGGCAUUGCUCUGCUCAGGGCCACCCUUUUGCGAAUGCAGCCUUUGAGCUGGCAGUCAAAAAGGCAUUCGUCAGUGCCCGGUGCAACAUGUUUGCAGUGAAGAUACCAGCGGUCGGCUAUCUGUGCAACGUG